UGAACUCGCAUGUGGCGAGAAAUGUCAAAACAAAACAACGAUGCAAAACAAACUAGUUUAUCAUCAGCGUAGAAUGCGUGCAGCGUAAUUUCGUUGGAUUGUAUUUGAUUAUCAUACGGGAAUAUUAUAUAACUUCACAACUCGUCGCCCUCCCGGAUAAUGUCCACCCAGUACAAUCGCUUUCUAAAGCUGCUCGAACGUUGGCCCGUUGAUCAGAGCAAAGGCGGUCGUGAUUUGGGACAGUAUUUGCGCGAGCAGUUAAAAGCCGUCCUCGGCGCAGAAAACAUCAUUGCCGUUAACGACGAACGAUUGGGCCGGCAGCAUCGGGCUCUGGAGAACAUUCUCAACGACACUCAUCGUAGUGCGUAUCCGCGAAAAUACAAUUCAACUGCAACCGGACUAACAGGGGACCAGUGUCGGGAGGUACUAUCGUCGGAGUUCCUUGCGUAUCUGAACAAAGAGGACGGACCCGAGAAGUAG